UGCCAACUACACGAACGCAACUCACAAAAAAGUGUAAAUAAAUGCGUUAUUUUAGUAAAAUCGCGAGCUGAAGCUGAUGCCAUGCCAACGGCAUACGACCUUGGCCACUCCGGAGAGGCGUACCACCACCUGGACACUGGCAGUGGUGGCGGCAAGGACGCCUGUGCCCCGAACUCCUCUUCCGCUCAAAUCCGCCACCCCAUGGGAUUACGGACGUCCUGGAUGCGGCAGUUUCGCCGCUACAAGCUGCCAGCGGUGAUCCUGAUGUUCCUGCUUCUCGUAUCCUGCAUGGCUUAUCGAAUUCUUAGCGCUGAGCAAGAUGUCCCACCCUUGGAUCUUCAUCGCAGCUCCCCGCUUUUGGAUGCCUACGAGGACUUCAGCGCCAUGAGGGCGGGAGAUCUAAAAAUGCGCAUAGAGGAGAUGGUGAGGAUCAAGAGCACCGUAUCCGUGGAGCUACGCGAACUGGAAUCCCGUCGCCAGAAGCUGCAAUCAGACAUUAGUCAGUACAACCAAAAGAUCGAGGAGCUAAAGCAGGAGCUCCUCCGGGAGCAAACGGAACUGGAGCGCCUCAAGAUCUCCGUGGAGCAAGCACAGGUUGCCCAGCGAGAGGCAGUUCAGCGGAAUACCCCGGACUUAGCCUUGCCGCGAUCCCUUUUACCAAACACACUGCCAAGGAAAAUGAAUCCCAUCACUGGAGGAAUGGCAGCCAGCUGCGAAAUGCACAACUGUUUUAAUCACUCCCGCUGCAGUCUUACCUCGGGAUUCCCUGUUUAUCUUUACGAUCCAGAUGAGCAUAGCGUGCAGAGGAAGGGUUACGAUAUCGAUGGCUUUUUAAAGACCACACUAAAACAGACUUUGGGCUAUAAUGCUCAUAUAGUUAAGGAUCCAAAGCAUGCUUGCAUAUAUCUGGUGCUGGUGGGAGAAGCUCUUCUUGAGCAGGAUCUCCUUCGAAACAAUCGCUACGCGGCACAAGAAGCGGAACAUCAGCAACCUUCUACCCCGAGUCAUUCUAAUGACUGCCCUGUGGACAUGCAGAGGCUUUACAACCUGCCUUAUUGGGGUGGCGAUGGACGUAACCAUGUGUUGCUCAACUUAGCUAGAAGAGAUCUCACCUCGCAUCGCACCAACCCCCUCCACAAGCAGAACACCAUGCGUGCCAUUGUAGUGCAGAGUGCUUUUGAAAGAGAUCAGUUCCGUCCCGGUUACGAUCUAAUUGUACCACCCAUUUUGGGUCCACCUGGAGGAGAUGUGUGGCAGGAGUGCUCUGGAAUGGUGCCGGCCAGAAGGAAGUACCUGCUUACAUAUCAAGGAGAACUUAGGCCCAAACAAAGUAUUUUGAAUCCUUUGGAUGCCUUUAUUUUGGAGCAUCUGGCUGAUAUGGCCAAGGGCGCUACGCAGGAUCAGUUUGUUCUGCAAUUCCAGUGCAUCCCAGCUACAGAGCAGCAAGAGGGCGAUUCCAUACCAGAUUGGACGCUGUGUGGAUCGGAUUCCUCUCGCCGGCAGUUGCUCAAAGAUUCCACCUUUUCUUUGAUUUUACCUCCGUUGAAUGGCAGAGUGUCGUCGACUCUAAUGUUGGCUAGGAUUUACGAAGCUCUACGAUCAGGAGCUGUGCCUGUCAUCCUCGGAGCAGAUGAACUGCGCUUGCCUUACGCUGAGACUUUGGAUUGGAGAAGAUCUGCUCUUCUACUGCCAAAAGCAAGGAUAACAGAGCUGCAUUUUCUUCUAAGAGCAGUUCAGGAUGCAGAUUUGCUUCUUCUGCGUCGACAGGGAAGACUCAUCUGGGAACGAUACUUGAGCUCAGUACAAGCCACUGUUGAUACAGUGAUUGCCAGUUUGAGGGAUCGAUUGGGAAUUCCGCCCAGACCAGUACCCUCAGUUAUAGCACAAAGUGUUUUUAACAGCACAUUCAUACCUUUGAAGUCCGAUCCUCCUGUGGGCUUGGACACGGAACCAGAGGAAUCGUUGGGACCUAUAGAGCCUCCAUAUCCAAGUCCUGCUUUUCGCCGGAAUUAUACAAUACUGCGAAUGCAAGCAAAGGAAGCCUGGAACGAUUGGUUAGAUCCCUUUUACCUAUAUCCUCAGCUGCCCUUUGAUCCUGCGUUGCCCUCGGAAGCCAAGUUCAUGGGUUCGCAUACUGGCUUCCGGCCGAUAGGCAAAGGACUUGGAGGAGCGGGCAAGGAAUUCGGCGAAUCACUUGGUGGAAAUUACCCCAGAGAGCAGUUCACCAUUGUCAUGCUAACUUACGAACGAGAGCAGGUCCUAAUGGAUUCAUUGGGCAGACUGUAUGGACUGCCUUAUUUGCACAAGGUUGUGGUGGUUUGGAAUUCCCCGAAGCCACCGCUAGAUGAUCUGCGCUGGCCGGAUAUUGGAGUUCCAGUGGCUGUGCUCCGUGCUCCCAGAAAUUCCCUAAACAACCGAUUCCUGCCUUUUGAUGUCAUUGAGACGGAGGCAGUGCUCUCUGUAGACGACGAUGCCCAUUUGCGUCAUGACGAGAUUCUUUUUGGAUUCCGUGUGUGGCGAGAGCAUCGCGAUAGAGUUGUGGGCUUCCCAGGACGCUAUCAUGCUUGGGAUUUGGGCAAUCCCAAUGGACAGUGGCACUACAACUCAAACUAUAGUUGCGAACUUAGCAUGGUGCUGACGGGAGCGGCGUUCGUACACAAGUACUACCUUUACUUGUACACCUACCACUUGCCACAGGCGAUAAGGGAUAAAGUGGAUGAGUACAUGAACUGCGAGGACAUUGCCAUGAAUUUCCUUGUCUCUCAUAUAACAAGGAAACCACCAGUAAAAGUAACCUCCCGAUGGACAUUCCGUUGCCCCGGUUGUCCUGUAUCACUCAGCGAGGAUGACACUCACUUCCAGGAACGGCACAAAUGCAUAAACUUCUUUAGCCGGGUGUUCGGUUAUACGCCGCUGCUGAACACCCAAUACCGAGCGGACUCCAUUCUCUUCAAGACUCGUAUCCCGCACGACAAGCAAAAGUGCUUCAAGUACAUCUAGUCGUAAAACUGAUCCAAGAACCCCUAUAUUCCGACAACGGCGGCCACUUCACUUAUCUUAACGAAGUGAUCACCAGCUGAAUGACUCCUAGAUGUAAGUAAAACUUAUCAGGCGUGUUCCGGUUUUCACAUUUUUUUGAUAUAUCUAUCGAACCUUUUUUAAUCUGUAAGAUUUGCUUAACCUUUGAGUCAGGCAUACUAAUAUUUUUCAAAUAAUUUUUAAAAGUUUAAAUAUCCAUACAAAUUUUAUAUCUUGAUAAUUAUGUUUUAAAGUUUUAGCCGAAGGUGUGCAAUACAGGGUAAUCGAAAAUUUUCAUAUAAGCUAAAUGUUACUCAAAAACGUGUUUGUCUUUUUUAGGCUUAUUAUUUUCGUUAAAAAAAUUAGGAACCCUCUCAUUUAAAUGAUAGAUAGUAUCACAAAUAAGUGAUUCAAAAUCGAACAAAAGUUUUAAUCUGUGAAAACCAGAACAAGCCCAUAUGUAUAUAUAUACUCUAUAUUGUGACCUAAGUGUGAUCGCUGAUAACCCAAUGGAGAUUACACAGUUAGCUCGCUCUUGUCUGAUCGUAAACUGCUUCGCAUGGCUUUAGCCGCUUUCCGACUCUCAAGAUCUUAGAAAGUAGUAUCAGAAAGCAAGCUGUAUACCACCUUGAGUUGAUACCAAAUUGAAUUCUGAGACUUUUAAUUGUGUUUGCUUAAUUAGCAUUAAGUUGUCUACCGAUUUUGACAUUGUAUAUAGUGCUUAAUAAACGAAACUAUAUCGCUAAGUAAAAAAA